ACUGCGCUUGCGCGAAACUAGCUUUUGGCUGUGACGUUUCAAUCUGCCACCGGUCGCCCUGGCCAACAAAACAAACAUGUAACCUCACGGGUUUCUCACGUCAACCAACCGCUCAGCUGUCCAACUCACGAUGGCCACGUUGGGGGAGACUUUCACGUCGGGGGUGCCGCGGCGAAGCGAAGCGUAGCAGAGCGGCUAACGACGACCCUGGGGCGGCCCGUGUUAGCCUAAUAGGCUUGCCGUGCUCAGUGAUCUGAUGGCAGCUGCCGAAGAUUAACUCUAGCACUUGGCCUCAAAAGUCAACGUGGACAGAGAUGACACUCUGAAGGAAAACAGGGCAACACUUGGAAAAAGCGGAGGUAACAUGAAGACAUCCAAAAUUGGCACCUCCUCGUCACUGCUGAAUGGGAACCAAAAUGACGACCGCCGGCAGAGGAAGGUGGCGGACAUCGCCCAGGCACUGCGGGCGAGUCCGGUGGACGUGGCGGCCCUCAGGAGGAUGGCCAUCAGUGAGGGUGGCCUGCUGACAGAUGAGAUACGCUGUCAAGUGUGGCCACGACUCCUCAAUGUCCCACCCAACAUCCUGGAGCAGGAGCCAGAGAUGGUGGAGCGGGACAACAACAAGGACUACAACCAGGUGCUACUGGACGUUCAACGCUCACUACGAAGAUUCCCUCCUGGUAUGCCAGAUGAGCAGCGGGAGGGACUCCAGGAGGAGCUCAUUGACAUCAUCCUCCGCGUCCUGAAGCGUAAUCCUCAAUUGCACUACUACCAAGGUUACCACGAUAUCGUCGUCACCUUCCUCCUGGUCCUGGGCGAGCGCUUGGCGACGGCCCUCGUGGAAAAACUCUCCACGCAUCACCUCAGGGACUUCAUGGAUCCCACCAUGGACAACACCAAACACAUCCUCAACUACCUGAUGCCCAUCAUCGAGAGGGUCAACCCCGAGGUGCAUGAUUUCAUGCAACAGGCGGAGGUGGGCACCGUCUUCGCUCUCAGCUGGCUGAUCACCUGGUUCGGCCAUGUUCUGUCAGACUUCCGCCACGUGGUACGGUUGUACGACUUCUUUCUUGCCUGCCAUCCGCUGAUGCCCAUCUACUUCGCAGCCGUGAUUGUACUUUACAGGGAAGAGGAGGUGCUGGAGUGCGAAUGCGACAUGGCAAUGGUGCAUCACCUGCUGUCACAGAUUCCCCAGGAUCUGCCCUACGAGACACUGAUCAGCCGAGCGGGAGACCUCUUUGUCCAGUUCCCUCCGUCCGAACUGGCCAAAGAGGCCGCCGAGCACGAUUGCAUGGCCACCACCACCUUUAAAGACUUCGACUUGGCCUCGACGCAGCAGCGGCCCGACUCGGUGCUCCGUCGUCGGCGGAGGCAACUGCAGCAGCAGCAGCAGCAGCAGCAGCAGGAGGCCCUGGAGCGCUCGGCGGUGGCCCGGCCGUCCGUGACGCGCCGCUUUGUUCGCUUGGCGGUGAUGGGCCUGACGGUGGCUUUAGGGGCGGCGGCGCUUGCUGUGAUCAACACCGCCCUGGAGUGGGCCCCCAAGCUGGAACUCUUUCCAUGAACCCCCCCCCCACCCCCAAGUCACAAAUGAAGGACCUCUUGAAGAACAUUACAACCCCCCGACCCUCUCUCGCUGUUCGCAGGGGACACGGACAGAUAUUAAUAUUAUUAAUAAGAUUAAAAUGAUAAUAUGCGCCACAAGAUGGCGGCAAAGCAUCGUUUUUGUGGCUUGUUGAGGUGUUUCAAAAAGAGCACAAAAUACGUGUACUGUAUACGUUAGAUUUCAGGGGAUAGAGUCCCCCCCCCCCCCGUGGAACCUAGAGGUUAUUUUAUACAGGUUAGUUUGUGAACCGUAACAAAAUGGCACUUAGAUAUCGAGGUUCACUCCAAUUUCCACUGCUUCAUCGUCUACAUCGUUUUUCCAGCUGUACUUGCGACAUUCCCCCAGCUUUCGGUGUCUUUGGUUAUUUGUUUUUAAAACGGCGAAAUGGUUUUGUGAAAAGCCGAAGAGGGUUUUCAAGCCACCGGAACACCAAACGCUUCAAAGAAGCAAAGACCGACUUAAUACGGCAUGUUAAAAAGUAAUCACAGAGUGGUUCUCGGGGGGUGAAAAGAAUAAAUAAAAAUACCAAGCAAAAUACAAAAUGGCGUCGCUUCACAAGUUUCCAUCAUCAUGACCAAGACAAGUUAAUUUAAAAAGUGGUCUCUUGAUAAGGUGCGACGUUCCAUUGCACUUCUCAAUUUUGGAGAUUUGAGUUUAUCGCUUGUCGGAUCACAUCCACACAACGUUUUCUUGUUCAUGUGUAUGCCACGAAACAUUGGACAACCAACUCACUGCAAACGUUUUUUUUGUUUGUUUGUUUGUUUUCCUGCUGGGAUUAUUUGUCACAAUGGUCUUUCCCAGAAUGCUCUGAAUUAUUUUCCGUUCAUUCAUGUCGCACUACAUUUCGGUGCGGGUUUUUGGUUUAACAAAUAUAUCCUACGUAAAGUUGUAUUGUACAAGAGAAUGCGAAUAAACCACAUUAUUGUCAAAAUACCUGAAGGAUCAAGAAUAAUAGCACAAGACCAAUACUUGUUGACAGGGUGGACAUUUUUGACGGAUAGCAUUUAAUAAGCACACGGUGGACCGUAAGCAAAGUGUAGUGUUUCAAUCAUUUUAUUUUUGACUGAAUUCAAUCAUCUCGUUAUUCGACCGUGUCAUUGGGUGAACGUGUGAGGCUCGACAGCCUCAAACUACACACAAAAAUGUGAAAAAUAGGUAGUGUGCAACUAACUAUCUGCUGUUUCAGAAAGACAAAGUGCUUGUUAUGUGACAGGCCACCUGCGCUUUAAUUUAGUGCAUCAUUGUAACCUAUGAUGUAGAUAAAAGGCAUUCCCUGAUCACUAAUAGCUUAAUUGGCUGCGUAGAGAAGCCGAACACAAAAGUGCAAGCGCAUCAGUGGCAGUUCAUGCAGUUGGGAUGGCACGGCAGGUCAUUCACUCUGCAUUGACAGCCUCCCGAUGUGUCUCCUCUGCCCUGUUGGUCCAAAAAUAAAUAGACAGUACAAUUGUCAAGUA